UACAUGCCAUUGGAAUUUUCUCAUAUUAUUGAGCAUAAUUCUUUUCACCUCCCUAAAAUCUACAACAGUUAAUGAUCUGCCACUCACUGCCAUUGUAGAUGCGGAAUGUUUGGUGGCAGAGAAAACUCCAUCCCAUUAUAUGAUAAUGAGGUAUUAUAUGCUUAACUCCAUCCCAUUAUGAGGUAUUAUAUGUGUAUGCGACCUGUCUCCGUUCUUAUGAGUCAUCCAUCCUCCUCACAGUGCUAAAGAAAAGAGAAAAACCAUGGCCACGUUCCUAUCCAGGUCCAGGUCGUGGAUUUCUCUGCAAAAUCAUGCAGAAACUAGCUCUUCAUCAUGUCACAGCACACCAAAUCUCCUCGGUUACAACCACCUAAAAGAUGUGUUCUGUCACGGCUUGAAACUGAGGAGAAAUUUUGGAAGAAAAGAGUUGGUGGGGGUGGGGAAAGCGUGCAGGUGUAGUAGAAGCUGCAGUGGCAGCGGUAUUUCAGAGGAUGACCGGAGAUUUUUGGAGGUGCUGAGGGAAGUUCAGCCUCAUAUUUUCUUGCAUAGAGGCACUACAUUUGUCGUUGUCUUAUCUGGGGAGCUUGUUCAUAGUCCUUACUUGGACGACUCGCUCAGGGAUAUAGCAUUCCUUCAUCAUCUGGGAAUCAGGUUUGUGCUUGUCCCGGGGACCCAUGUUCAAAUUGAUAACCUGUUGGCCGAGAGAGGGCAUGAGCCUAAAUAUUUUGGUCAAUACAGAAUAACCGACUCCGAGGCUCUAGCUGCAUCAAUGGAGGCAGCUGGAAAGAUUCGCAUGAUGAUAGAGGCAAAACUCUCUCCUGGGCCUUCCGUAUGUAAUAUCCGUAGACAUGGUGACAGUAGUCGUUUGCAUGAUGUUGGUGUCAGUGUUGCCAGUGGUAAUUUUCUUGCCGCCAAGAGAAGAGGAGUUGUUGGUGGCGUUGAUUUUGGAGCAACUGGUGAAGUAAAGAAAGUAGAUGUUACUCGCAUGCGUGAAAGGCUUGAUGGUGGUUGUAUAGUUCUAUUGAGCAACCUGGGCUAUUCUAGCUCUGGAGAAGUUCUAAAUUGCAACACGUAUGAAGUUGCUACAGCAUGUGCCCUGGCUAUUGAGGCAGAUAAGCUUUUAUGCAUUGUAGAUGGUCCAAUUCUUGAUGAGAGUGGACACCUUAUUCGCUUCUUGGCUAUUGACGAAGCAGAUAUGUUGAUUCGUGAGCGAGCUAAGCAAAGUGAGAUAGCAGCUCACUAUGUGAAAGCUGUUGGCAAAGAAGAUUUUUCUUCUUUCGAACACAAUGAUUCUGUUAGAGUUUCCCUUAUGUCACAGAAUGGUAAGCCUCUUAGUGGAAGGCAUAGUGCUACCUUCCAGAAUGGUGUUGGCUUUGACAAUGGGAAUGGGUUAUCUGGGGAACAAGGUUUUGCCAUUGGAGGUCAUGAACGGCAAAGUCGAUCAAAUGGGUACCUUUCAGAAUUAGCUGCAGCAGCUUUUGUUUGUAAAGGAGGUGUUCAAAGAGUACAUCUUUUAGAUGGGACAAUCGGUGGGGUUCUAUUGUUGGAACUUUUUAAAAGAGAUGGGAUGGGGACAAUGGUGGCUAGUGAUGUUUAUGAAGGAACUCGGAUGGCAAUGGUGACAGAUCUCUCAGGAAUAAAACGAAUCGUACAACCUUUAGAAGAUUCUGGUGUAUUGGUGCAACGGACUGAUGAAGAGCUGCUUAAAACUUUGGAUUCAUUUGUUGUUGUGGAAAGAGAAGGUCAAAUCAUUGCUUGUGCUGCUCUUUUCCCUUUCUUUGAGGAGAAAUGUGGAGAAGUUGCGGCUAUUGCAGUGUCUCCUGAGUGCCGUGGACAAGGACAGGGAGACAAAUUGCUUGAUUUCAUUGAGAAGAAAGCCUCCUCCCUAAAUUUGGAAAUGCUCUUUCUGCUUACAACCCGUGCAGCAGACUGGUUCAAGAGGCGUGGCUUCUCAGAAUGUUCAAUUGAUACGAUACCAGAGAAAAGGAGGAAGAAGAUCAAUCUAUCCCGUAAUUCCAAGUAUUAUAUGAAGAAGUUGCUGCCUAAUACAAGUGGAAUAACUGUUAAUAGGGCAUUUAGUUAAGGAUUGGCAUCCUACAAAGGUUAUGUGUUUACUGACGUUAGUUAAAAUAUAUAUAUAUUUUUUUUGUUUUUGAGAGGGGCAGAAUAGAGGGGAAAUUUUUGUAGGCAUCUUGAAUGAGUUUGGCGCCUGAUUUAUCUCUUUGGUUAGAAGGUUGAACAAAUCGUAAAUCAGAAGGUUGGUUGCUGUGUCUUCCUCGUGAUUCUUUAUGACUGUGAAGUUGGUAUUCAAGACAAAAAUCUUGAUGCAACAGCCCAACGCAAAUACACGACAAAGUUAGCUAGUUCAGAUAAAAUUUUUGAUGAAAUUUGUAGUAUUUAGUAAACAAGGUAGUUGUGAGGAUCUCUAUGCUAUAGCCAUUUGUUGGACUGUUGUAGUGGGAUAGCGUUUCCAUAGAUACAUUAUUAAAUUAAGGAGCAAUGGGAUCACACAAAAAUCUCUGUUGUAGUGUUGUCAACUUUCUUCAGUUUUUGUAUGGUGACACUAAUUCUAAUUAAGCAGUGUUAUGUAAUUUUCAGAUA